AUGUCGGCCCUCACCGAAAUCACCUCGGAAGCGGAUUUCUCGUCGCACCUUUCGGCCCUGUCGCCCUCUGCAUUGGUCGUCCUAUACUUCCACACCCCAUGGGCCGCUCCCUGCGCGCAAAUGGGGGCUGUGCUCUCAGCCCUGGCUUCGCAGUACCCUGUCACUACCCCAUCUACCAUCUCUUUUGUCAGUAUCAACGCGGAGGAACUGCCUGAUAUCUCAGAGGAAUAUGACGUUUCUGCCGUGCCCUUCGUCGUAUGCCUCCGCAGCGGUCAGAUUCUGGAGUCCAUCAGCGGAAGUGAUGCAGUCAAAGUCCGUGACGCUGUCGAGCGCCACGCCGGGCGCGGCAAUGUUGCGGCUGCCACCGCUCCGCUGGAGGGGGCGAGCGCCGUUAUUCCCCCGCCAUUGUCAGCUGUUCCACGCGAGGAGGCUCCUACCACUGCUACCCAAGCCCCUAUCGCCGCUUCUCACCCUCCUCCCUCUGACGCAGCUCACGCCACUGCCGUGGAAGCCGCUCCAGCCCUGACCCCCGAACAAUCUCGGGAGGCAUUGUUUGCCCGACUCGGACAACUGGUCAAGGCAGCGUCUGUCAUGUUGUUCAUGAAAGGCACCCCUAGCAGCCCUCAGUGCGGUUUCAGUCGGCAGCUAGUUGGUAUCCUUCGCGAGCGCAGUGUCAAGUAUGGUUUCUUUAAUAUUCUAGCAGAUGAAGAGGUGCGUCAGGGGUUGAAGGAGUAUGCGGAAUGGCCUACUUUCCCCCAGUUAUGGGUGGAUGGGGAGCUAGUGGGCGGAUUGGAUAUCGUCCGCGAAGAAAUCAACAACGACCCCGAUUUCCUCACCCAGCACUCAGUCAGCAAACCCACCGCGGCUGUUUAA